AAUAAUAAUAAAAAAAGUGUUGGGGUGGGAAGAAGAGGUUGGUUUCAUAUGGUAGCUUGCUUGCCCACAGUCUGAGUCUGAUAGUUUGAGAGAUCUGAAACAGUGAAAGUGUAAUUGGAGGGUGCAUGUUACAUGUUACAUGUUACAUGUUACAUGGUACAUGUUACAUGUUACUUGUUACUUUCUCAUUCUCUAACUCUCUCUCUCUGUUCCAAUGAAGGAAGCUGAGAAGCUAUUGGAUCCCCAGCUAUGGCACGCCUGCGCCGGUGGCAUCAUUCAGAUGCCGCAACUCAACUCCAAAGUCUUCUACUUUCCGCAGGGUCACGCCGAGCACGCCCACACCACCCUCGAUCUUAAGGUUCCGCCGCUCAUUCCGUGCACCGUCGCCGCCGUCAAGUUCAUGGCCGACCCCGAAACCGACGAGGUCUUCGCCAAGCUCAGCCUCCUCCCCAACUCCGACCUCGCCCGAGACUCCGGCGCCGCUGACUCCGCGCCGGAGGCGGCGGAGAAGCCGGCGUCGUUCGCGAAGACUCUGACGCAGUCCGACGCGAACAACGGCGGGGGGUUCUCGGUGCCGCGGUACUGCGCGGAGACGAUUUUCCCGCGGCUGGACUACACGGCGGAGCCGCCGGUGCAGACGGUGGUGGCGAAGGACGUGCACGGCGAGAUGUGGAAGUUCCGGCACAUUUACCGAGGGACGCCGCGUCGGCACCUUUUGACGACCGGUUGGAGCAGUUUCGUGAACCAGAAGAAACUGGUUGCUGGGGAUUCCGUUGUGUUUCUGAGGGCCGAAAAUGGUGAGCUGUGCGUUGGGAUUCGGAGGGCGAAGAAGGGAAUUGGUGGGUCUGAGGCUUGUUCAUCUGUGUGGAGUUCUGCUUCUGGGUCUGGGAAUUGUGGAAUUGGGCCUUAUGGGCCUUUCUCUUUUUUCUUGAGGGAGGAGAACAAGCAUUUGAGGAAUGGUGGUGGGAGGGUUAGGGUGAGUCCUGAGGCUGUGGUUGAAGCUUCGACUCUUGCUGCGAGUAAUAAGCCCUUUGAGGUUGUGUAUUACCCUAGAGCUAGCACUCCUGAGUUUUGCAUUAAGGCUUCUUCUGUCAGGGCUGCUAUGAGGAUUCAGUGGUCUUCUGGGAUGAGGUUCAAGAUGGCCUUCGAAACUGAGGACUCUUCCCGGAUAAGCUGGUUCAUGGGAACCAUUGCUUCUGUUCAGGUUCUUGACCCCAUCCGCUGGCCUAAUUCCCCUUGGAGGCUUCUUCAGGUCACUUGGGAUGAGCCAGAUUUACUACAAAAUGUGAAGCGUGUUAGCCCGUGGUUGGUUGAAUUGGUAUCAAACAUGCCAGUCAUCAAUUUCACACCCUUCUCUCCACCAAGGAAGAAGCUGCGGUUUCCACAGCACCCGGACUUCCCCCUUGAUGUUCAGUUUCCGAUACCAGCGUUUUCAGGGAACCACCUUGGGCCUAACAGCCCCUUUUCGGAUAAUGCUCCUGCAAGCAUACAGGGAGCCAGGCAUGCUCAAUUUGGAAUAUCUCUAACAGAUUUCCACCUAAACAAUAAACUGCAGCUGGGGUUGCUUCCAACUAAUAUCCAGCAACUUGAACUUUAUAGUGGAAUUUCAAAUGGUAACAUAGCCAACCAUGAUAAGAGCAAAGAAAACUUAUCAUGCUUGCUCACCAUGGGGAAAUCUAGCAAGAGUUUGGAGAAAUCUGAUGAUGUUGUUAAGAAACACCAGUUUUUGCUUUUUGGUCAGCCAAUUCUCACGGAGCAACAAAUUUCUAGCGAGGUGUUGUCUCACAGAAAAAAUUCACUAGAUGAUGAUAAGGACAAAGAGAAGUGCGUUUUGGAUGACUCCCAAUCUGCACUCUCACAACAGUUUUCACCAGGAAAAGCUUCUGCUGCUGAGUUUUCUUGGCACCUUGGCUUGGACACUGGUCAUUGCAAGGUUUUCUUGGAGUCAGAAGAUGUAGGAAGGACCCUAGACUUAUCACAUCUUGGUUCUUAUGAAGAGCUGUAUAGGAGACUAGCCAACAUGUUUGGCAUAGAAAGAUCUGAGAUUUUAAACCAUGUUCUCUACCGUGAUGCAACAGGUGCUGUUAAGCAAACUGGAGAAGAACCCUUCAGUGACUUCAUGAAGACAGCAAAAAGAUUGACAAUUCUAACAGAUUCAGGCAACAAGAACAUUAAAAGGGUCUGGAUCACUGGAACUAGGAAUGGUGAACAUGGGCUGGAUGCAUCAAAUAAAACAGGCCCGCUGAGCAUUUAUGCUUAAAAUAAUAUAUGAUGCAGCAUCUGAGUAGUGGAAGGACAGUUUUAACUCUAUUUACCUCUGCAAAGACUGAACAUGAACAUGAUCAUGGUUACUGCUGUUGCUGUGUACCAAAAUAAUAUUUUAUCUAGGUUGGCAUUGUUGGUUUAAUUAAGUGUACAAAUAAUGAUGCUCUUAUGAUGGUCAACUAUUAUUGUAAUAUUAACCAAGAUUUGGACCCCAUUUGGCAACUUGCACUGUUUUUCCAUUAUGCUCUCACAUGCUGCUGCCUACGUGUAUCCACGUCACCAUUUCUCUACAAACAUUAAAUUGAGGAAAGUUGUAAUGUGUGGACGAACAUAUUAACGCGUCACCAAUUUUUGAUAAUGUCUGCCA